AAUUAUUUCAACAAAAUUUUAAUAAAAAUGGAUGAUGAAUUUGGUUAUGAUAAAGUGAGAUUUACAAAUUACAAAGAUGAUAUUUUUGAUUGUCCAAUAUGUUCAUGUGUAGCUAGACUUCCAAAAGAUUGUAGUUCAUGUGGAACAGUAUUUUGCGGUCCUUGUGUAGAUUCAUGGUUGAAAAAAUAAUCGUAAUACUUAUAUUAAAUUAUUUAGAGAGUGCAUUAAUAGAUGUCCAAAAGGCUCAACGAUUAAAAAUAUUUAAAAAUCUCUUUAAAAAAUUUAUGAUGAUCUCGAAAUUAAAUGUAAUCUUAUUAUUAGAUAAAUAGGCUCCCAUUGUUAAAAAGCAUUUAAGAUUGCAGAUCUUGAUAAACAUGAGCUUCACUGUAAAUUACCAAAAUGUACAAAUUAUGAAAUUUGUGGGAAUACGAUAGGGUCAACAAAUGAAUUUGAAAAUUUAUAAGUAAAUGUAUUAAAUAUAUUUAGGUUUGUGAUCAUGUAUGUAUGAUAUUGAAUAAAAUUAGAUAAAUUAAGAAUAAAUAAGAUCUCUAUUAAUGUUUAAAAUAAUAUGUUAAAGAAAAAUAGCCAGCCUAAUUAGUUUAAGGUAAAAUAAUGAUUUACUUUAGGUGUUCCUUUGGUCUUGAAUCAAGAUUAAGGAAAUUCAAAUAUUCCUGUAUUUAGAUGGGAUAGAUAGAGAAUGGGAACUGGAAUAACAUCUUCUGAUGGUGACACAAAAAUAUUUUUAAAAGAAUAAGCCUACAUGUUUAGAACAGCAGUGGCUACUUAUGGCUUUGAAAAAGGUAUUGGAUACUGGGAAAUUGAAGCAGAUGAUAAAACAGAAAAUGAAUUAAAAAUUGGAGUGUCUACUUGUAGAGACUUUAAUUAUAAUACCGCAUUUUGUGAUUUUGAAUUUGGAUGGGCUUAUUAUGGAUUAGCAUAAGUAUCAAAUAUCAUUUAUUUAUCAUAGUUGCGUCAUAACAGCAAUGCUACUGGACCCUCUUUUGGAAAAAGAUUUAAAAAAGAAGGAGUUUUAGGUGUUUGUUUAAAUAUGAAUAAUGGAACUCUAAAAUUUAGUUUAAAUGGAGAGUUUAUGGGAACAGCAUAUACCGAUGAAAAAUUAAAGCAAGGACCUAUAUACCCAGCUGUUUCAUUACUUCAUUGUGCAGGAUGCAAAUUAAUAACUGGAAAGCCUGUUCCAGAAAUAUUCUUGAAUUGAUUUAUAAAAAUUAUGUGUAAC